AUGAAAAGCGUACUUGGGCUCAAGUGCGUGAGUUGCCGGGCCAGUGGCAGGGUUCCGCUCGUCUCGAAAAAAUUCCUCUUCAUAAAUGUCGGAUCGAAAACAAAAUUCGGGACCGGUCUGGCAGGUCAACAUAAGAAGAACGAGCAGGUAAACCCUAACACGACCAAGAGGACGGUUUUUAUAGAAAGUAAUGUGAAGGGCACCCCUGUGCAGGAAGAAGUACGUAAGAGUGCGGUCGCGGGUUCCACUCCACAAUUCGCUUCUGCAGACAAAGACUUACUAAACAGUUACAAUGACGAAGAGGGGGUCCAUGGUGAAACGGAACAGGGUGAUCACCCCUCCCUAGGGGGAGAGGACUUUGAAGAAUAUACCCAGUUUGAUCGACAUGAUGGAAGAGGAAAAGACGAUGCAGAAAAUGGAUUCAUGAAUUACAAGCGUAGGGAAGGCACCUUUAAUAAUCAUGAGAGAGCAAAAAACAGACAAAGCCAUGGCGGCAUCAGCGGGAGAGGACAAAAGUAUGAAUCCUCAUCGAGGUAUGACCAUGAGGAGGAAGGAGAUGAGUAUGGAAGGAGAACUUCGUACUCGAGAAGUUUAAACACGCAGGAUAGGUAUGCUCAACUUGGUGAGAAUCUAAAAGAAAUCGAAUGGAACAAGGUAGAUGCAAAGGUGCAGAGGCAGAAUCUGCUUCAAAAUUUGAGCGAAAAAAAGGCAGACAUUUCACCUGAACAGUUAGAUGCAGAAUUGAAGAGAUUGAACAUUUACGUGAACAAAGAAUCAGCUGUGCUAAAUAAUUUAGCUAGUAACUUCUCCGAUGUGAACUUUCAUGAUACUAUAGUGAACCACCUGAAUGCAAAAUUUAAAGAACCUACAGCUAUUCAGAAGGUUACGUGGCCGAUCGCACUAUCGGGGAAGGAUCUAAUAGGAGUAGCCGAGACGGGCAGCGGAAAGACAUUGGCCUUCGCCCUUCCCUGCCUUAUGCAUAUCUUGAAGCAGAGGGAACGUCAGGCGGAGCGAGAGAAUGGGUGGGGGCAGGUUCAGGGUGAAGAGGGUAUCCGUGAGGCGUCCACUCAGGUGGAAAAUGAGAAGAAGGAAGUCCCUCGUGAGGCCACCCAGGAAUGGACAAACGAAGCCACGCAAGGUGCCACGCACGGUGACACACAACGCAGCAGCGAUAGGUACGCCCAUCAGGGGGAACGAAGUAUCUACGGACUCAUACUCCUCCCCACGAGAGAGCUGUGCAUGCAGGUAGUAGACGAAAUAAAAACUUUCGAAAAGCAAUUGGACAUCAGGAGUGUUGCUGUAUAUGGAGGGGUCCCCAAGUACACACAAAUUAAUAACUUAAAGAAAGGAGCCGACAUUGUUGUUGCCACCCCGGGAAGACUACUAGAUUUACUUGAAAAUGGAGUUAUUCAUUUGUUAAGGUGCAUUUAUGUUGUUAUAGAUGAAGCGGACAGACUGCUAGACAUGGGAUUUGAAAAACAAUUAAAAAAAAUUAUGACUCAAGUUAAUAAAAACAAACAGCUCCUAUUCUUCACAGCCACCUGGCCUGAACAAGUCAGAAAAUUGGCAUAUGAAUUUUCAUCCUUCGAUCCAGUAAAAGUACAAAUUGGAAAAAGCGAAUUAACUGCUAAUAAAAAUAUACAACAGAGUGUAAUUGUAAGUUCGUGCAUCGACUUGAAGAAAAAGCUACUUGAUUGGCUUAAGCAAAAUUAUGAAGGAAAUAAAAUUUUAAUUUUCUGUGACACCAAAAGGAAUUGCGACAAUUUAUGCAAAGAGCUUCGCUACCAUCAGUACAACGCUCUUGCCAUUCAUGGAGAUAAAGAACAGCGGGAGAGAGAUAGGAUCCUAAACAAUUACAGAAGUGACCGUUGCAAUAUUUUAGUUGCAACUGACGUGGCUUCCAGAGGGCUAGACAUUAAAAAUAUUUCAAUUGUCGUUAAUUAUGACCUGCCCAAUACUAUUGAAGAUUAUAUUCAUCGCAUUGGCCGAACGGGCAGAGCGGGGCAGAAGGGAAAGGCCGUUUUGUUCUUCCCCUACGAUUACUAUGUGCCGCAAAAGAGUCGAUUUGCCAGGGACUUGGUUAAAUUGCUCAACAAGGCCAACCAUGCCGUCCCAGCGGAGCUGCGCGAAAUUGCUGGCACCAGGUGA